AGUCGUCAAGUUCUCGCGGGUAGUCACACUGUUCGCGUCUUCAGCGUUAGGCCUUCAGCGCGGUCUUCAUCUUUCGAACAGAUGAAGCAAAAGUACAGCAACGUUAGCCAAUUAUCGUAAUUGUAGACGCGGGUGCUGUUCGACGACAGUGAAGUUCACUCUAUUUAUCUAUCUCUCUACAGCUCGCUGUAAGAUUUUGUGAUAAAUCAACCAGGUGCACUGAUAUUUUGUGAUUAUGGUGAAUCUUUCAAACCAACAAUUACUGCUGUCAUUUGUAUUCAUAUUUGUGAACAUUGGACACCUAGGAAGCAAUGUAAAUGGUCAACUUAUAGAUGUAAGCGCUUUCAAAAAGUACUUUGGAGGGCCGAGAUUUGGCAACUGGAAUGCAAGCAACAAACCACCGCCUAGACAUGACACCCCACCAUCUCCUUGCAGAUGCAAGUGUGGUGAAAAAAAUGAUGACACCAGGAUUGUUGGAGGGAAACCCACAGAAGAAAAUGAGUUUCCGUGGAUGGCUAGAUUGUCUUACUUCAACCGUUUUUACUGCGGAGGAAUGUUAAUCAAUGACAGAUAUGUGCUUACAGCAGCACAUUGCGUCAAAGGGUAA